AUGUGGGGGUUAUGGAACUCAAUGGGAGAUUCUCAUACUCAGCAUGAGUCUGAUACAAAAGAUAUACCUGGUUCAAAUUUGUCAGAUGUUUCAACUCCAACUCCAAGCCAUGGUGCACUAUUGGGUGAAAUUCAUGAACCUAUGAGACCAUUAACAGAAGAAGAUAAGGAAUUCUUUACACAAUAUACUGAAGGACUUCAAAAAUGCAUUGGGAAACUGUUGAAUAUUGUAGAUGACUUUUUAUUAGCUCAUAAAGAUCCAAAUAAGUUUGAAGCUAGAGGAAGUAUCUUUUGCAAUGAUACUACCUAUGUAGAUCUAGGUACAAUGGGAGAUUCCUCAUGUAGUAGAUUUGACUAUGGAAGUCAGGGAACAACUUUGCCAUCCACUUAUGUUUCCCUGUGCAAUUUUGGUACUCGAAUAAGACCAAGACAGCUCUUUGAUUUUCUUAUAAAUAUUGAAAACAAAACUCUUUAUGAUAAUGGUUGUAGUGAAUCAACAGUUCUUUACCGAUGUUCUAAAAUUGUCUUUGGUAGGCAGUGUUAUAAGGGGAUGAUGGGAGUACAGGGACGUGAAUUCCUACUUGUUGGAACUAACUGUAAAUUGAGUGAAGAUUGCUAUAUAAUUGUGGCUUACUCUCCAAGGAAUUUGGAAAGUUUACCAAGUAAAUUUCAUGAUAUUCCAGUCGUUGAAACAUAUGUCAGAGCUCACAUAGAUUUAGUUGGGUACUUUAUACGAUGUAAUCAAGGUAGUACAGAACUUUUCUUUGUUAAUCAGAUGGAUCUUGGAGGUAUGGUUCCUUUAAUGUUACAACGUAUUAUUUUCUCCUCACAGUUGCAAAUGAUCAGUACGUUAAAGAAAUUCAUUUUAGAUAAUUUAGAUAUUUACUAUAGUGGUGAUAAAGAUGAAGAAACUCCCUAA